GGUCCGGAGGCUUACCUCCUCGUCUCUCCUCUCUCAGCUUCUUCUUCUCGUUCUUCCUCUCAGCGCUGAUUUGCUCGUUUCUCGCCGCUUGCUUUCACCACGCGAGUUGGAAAAAUCGCCAGAGGACGACCGGGAGCGAGCGAGCCAUAAGGCGGCCGUGUAACUGAAGCUUCUCGUCCCUUCGACCUUUUUUUGGUGGGGAUUAAAAAUCACGCCGAACGCAGCGUUGACGGCCGAGCGCCAAGCAGGCCCCACGAUGUCCAGCGAAGUGCAAAGACCGGACGACAGCCCCAGCACCAGCGGCGGCAGCUCGGACAUAGAGCAGCGAGAGUCGUCUGUACCGACCGAGCAGGAGCGCGAGCAAGCGCAGCCCAAAAAGAAGGAGACCAAAAUCUCCAGUAAAACCGCUGCUAAACUCUCCACGAGUGCCAAGAGGAUUCAGAAGGAGCUGGCUGAAAUUACAUUAGACCCACCUCCUAACUGCAGUGCGGGCCCCAAAGGAGACAACAUCUAUGAGUGGAGGUCCACCAUCUUGGGACCGCCGGGCUCAGUGUACGAGGGGGGCGUCUUCUUCCUGGACAUCGCCUUCACGCCAGACUACCCCUUUAAACCGCCUAAGGUGACUUUCCGUACUCGGAUCUACCACUGCAACAUCAACAGCCAGGGCGUGAUCUGUCUGGACAUCCUGAAGGACAACUGGAGCCCCGCCCUCACCAUCUCCAAGGUCUUGUUGUCCAUCUGCUCCCUGCUCACAGACUGCAACCCAGCCGACCCCCUGGUAGGAAGCAUCGCCACACAGUACCUGACCAACAGAACCGAGCAUGACAGGAUAGCCAAGCAGUGGACCAAGAGAUAUGCCACAUAAACACACACACGAGCCAUGCUCUUCCUCCUCCUCCUCCUCACUCUACCACUCUACCUCUUUCUCCCCUCGGUCCGUCAAAGCACACUCACUAAGUGCAUCGCUCCCCUGAUCCUCCUUUUCCUCCUCUUCGUCCUCCUCCCCAAACAUUUUAUGUGUUGAAAAAUGAAAAACACACAAAAAAAGAAUAAUAAACAAAAAAAAAAUCCUCUUUUUUUUGUUCCUUGUUGACUUGAAAGCUUCUUUUUUAUACAAAGAGUAGAUUGGGGAAUUAUUUUCCAAUUUGUGAAUGUUGGAAGUAUUGUAUUGGAAAAAGACACGCACACCGUUAUAAGCAGGGGUGUUGUCUAGUCAACUCAUUGGCCGCCAUUGACAGCGAUAGACGUCCGAUCCAUUUGAACUGUCCAUUUGAAAACUAAACGGACGUUUAUCGCCGUCAAUGCUACUGAAACAUAAAAUUUUCACGUGCACCCCUGAUUAUAAACAACCAUCUUACCGCUACAUACACAAAUAUGUAAUUCUCAUUUUCUGUGGCAUCUGGAAUAAAAUGUACGCUUUUGACUUCUUUUCGUCGUUGUUGUAUUCGUCUCGACGUGCAUGGAACACGAGUCCUCAUGCUUCUCAACUUCCUUCGCUUUUUCUUUGUACUGUAUGUAUUUUUUCAAAGGCUUUUUUUUUCCCAGGCAGACCUCACGAAGAAGAAACAAAAUUGUGUGCGUGCGUGUCGGUUUGCCUGCGAAAAGAAGGCAGGACUUGUAUAUUUGACUGGCUACCCGCGCCGCUGCUGUUGUGCACUUGUAUUACUGAAAACACCCAAUAAAACACACUGUGGUUGGCUUGUGAGGAAAAAAACAAGACUGUUCUUGCUCUCU